CACGCACAGGAUAAAAGCACAACAUUCAUUAUGUCAUUGGAAGAGAAAACAGAAAUGUCUCGCUUGUACAAAUUAGCUCAAAAAUUUAAUUGUUUCUAUCUGACAGGUUUAAAAUCAACUGAAUGUAAACCAUUUUUCGUAGAAGGUUACCAAGUUGGUCUGGUCAGACCAGAUGUGAUGAAACAACUUAUACGAUAUCCCGAGGUGUUUUUAGUUUCUUCGGGGUGUGUGGAGUUGAAUCCUGCUUUCAGAGAUUAUGAGGAGAGAAGUGGUCAUGUUGAGAGGGUGUUAAAAGAAUUACGAGCAGAAAAUGUCUUUAUAGCAUUGAAAGGCUGGCGAGAUGAGUGUUAUGAGGUAAAGACAGAUUUCACUUCCAAAAGUUUGUUAAAAAUGGAUAGAGCAGCUACUUGUUUAUUUGGAAUUAGAAAUUAUGGCGUUGACAUUAAUGGAUACGUUAGGCAUCCCGUACUAGGUCUUUGUCUUUGGUUUCAAAAACGAUCGUCAACGAAACAAACAUGGCCAGGGAAAUGGGACAAUAUGGUUGGAGGUGGUUUAUCUGUAGGACAUGGUAUUUUGGAGACUGCACAUAAAGAGGCAAUGGAAGAGGCCUCUGUACCGGUAGAAUUGUUAAAGAAUUUAAUUAGUGCUGGCUGUGUUUCAUUUUUCUUCGAAUCAGACCGUGGUCUUUUCCCGAAUACGGAGUUCAUCUUCGAUUUAGAGUUACCAGUAGACUUUGUGCCAGUAAAUGCAGAUGGAGAAGUAGAGACUUUCGAACUACUGACAGCCAAUCAGUGCCUGGAAAAAAUCCUAACUGCCGAUUUCAAAACGACCAGCGCGCCAGUAGCUUUGGAUUUUCUCAUUAGACAUGGAAUAGUUACGCCGGAAAAUGAUAAUGACUACCUGAAGGUGGUAGAACUUCUCCACGUGCCACUCCAGUCUAUCUACAGUACGUACUUAAGAUCUAUGCACAUUAAGGAAAAUGGUACUUCCGUUCACCAUUCCAAUAUAGUGUAAAACAAUUUAGGCAGUUUUCUUAGACUUUUGUAAUUUUGCUGUUGACUACAAGAAGUUUAGACUAUCAAGAAGAAAACGUUUGGAUAUUCUUUUCAUAUUUUGUUGAUAAUAUAAAAAUAUUGCAUAGUUUUGUUGUUUGGACGUUUAAAAUAAUUUACGAAAUUAAUUAG